GAACGCUGGAACUGCUCUGCAGCGAUUUUGCUGGCGACUUUUUAUGCGUGCGCAUGCCCCACGGAGGAGGCGUGGCUUCGGAAAGAUCGAAGCGAUCGAUCCACGUGGUAUUUUUGCCUCGAUUUUUGCUUGGGCGAGCGAGAUGCUGUCUGUGCGCUGUGCAGUCAGAAGAGGUCCCUGGCGUAUGCUUGGGACUGGGAGAAGGGCCCUAUCCACCAACCUAUCCAAGCUAUGGGAACCGUUGGCAGUGGAUGGUGCUCCAAGAUGGAGGAGUCGGUGCUACAGUUCAGACGUGAAGGGGGCGGUGGUGGGGAUUGACCUCGGCACCACCAACUCCUGUGUGGCGGUCAUGGACGGGAAGAACCCGAGGGUCAUCGAGAACUCAGAGGGAUCCCGAACCACUCCGUCGGUUGUGGCCUUCACGAAGGACGGCGAGCGGCUCUGUGGCAUUCUCGCCAAGAGACAAACUGUAACUAAUCCAAAGAACACAGUGUAUGCUACCAAGAGGCUCAUAGGGCGACGGUUUGACGACGAGGAAGUCAAGAAAGAAGCGAAAACGGUGCCGUAUGAGAUAGUCCGAGCCUCCAACGGCGAUGCGUGGGUCAAGACAGCCCACGACGGAAAGAUGUACUCACCCAGUCAGAUUGGAGCGUUUGUCCUCAUGAAGAUGAAAGAGACGGCAGAGGCCUACCUGGGCCAGCCGGUAAAAAAUGCCGUCAUCACAGUACCCGCAUACUUCAACGACUCUCAGAGACAGGCCACAAAGGAUGCAGGGCAGAUUGCUGGACUGAACGUGCUCCGGGUUGUCAACGAACCGACAGCUGCAGCUCUCGCCUACGGACUGGAUAAAGCCGACGACAAAAUCAUAGCGGUGUAUGACCUGGGUGGAGGGACGUUUGAUAUCUCGGUGCUGGAGAUACAGAAGGGAGUGUUUGAAGUAAAGUCAACCAACGGCGACACCUUCCUC